UUUGGAAACAGUUCCUCGUGGUGGUAAUUGGCAUGUCCCCCCUAAUAUGCCUGAUUCUUACGGUGUUCAUCACAACUGGCACAAGAAGAGUAUAUUUUGGGAGUUGCCAUAUUGGAAGGAUCUUCUUCUGCGCCACAACCUCGAUGUGAUGCAUAUAGAGAAGAAUUUCUUUGAGAACAUCAUGAAUACAAUAUUGAAUGUCCCGGGGAAGACAAAAGACAACAUAAAAUCAAGGUUAGACUUGCCGGAUAUUUGCUCAAGAAGUGAGUUACAUAUAAACAGCAAUGGGCAAGUUCCUGUUCCGAUAUUCAGAUUGUCUUCAGACAAAAAGUCGGUGUUGUUCAACUGGGUAGCAUCAGAAGUUAAAUUCCCCGAUGGGUAUGUUUCAAAUCUGUCUAGAUGCGUUGAAAAGGGUCAAAAGUUCUCCGGGAUGAAGAGUCAUGACUGUCAUGUCUUUAUGCAACGACUACUUCCCUUUGCUUUUGCGGAGCUACUUCCUACAAACGUACAUGAAGCACUUGCAGGCAUUGGAGCAUUUUUCAGGGAUCUGAGCACCCGCACUCUUAAAGUAGAAGUCGUGGAACAGCUUCAAGAGAACAUUCCCAUCUUAUUGUGCAACUUGGAGAAGAUAUUUCCUCCUGGGUUUUUUGACGUCAUGGAGCAUCUAGCUGUGCACCUCCCAUAUGAGGCAUUGCUUCGUGGACCUGUACAUUACGGAUGGAUGUAUCAGUAUGAGCGAGCCAUGAAAUAUUUUAAGGGAAAAGCAAAGAACCUUGCAAAGGUUGAAGGUUCUAUAAUUGCUGGAAGUUUGACGGAAGAAACUUCUCACUUCACAUCGUACUACUUUGCGUCAAAAGUACGUACCCGGAAAAGAGCUCCAAGGAGAUAUGAUGAUGGUGGUGUUGCGCCAACAUACGCAGUUGCUGGUGUUCCAGACAUCUUUAGCCAGAUUGGGCGACUGGGUGGGAAAUCAAAAGAGGUUUGAUGGUCGAGUGAAGAAGACGCUCAUACUGCACACACCUAUAUUCUACUCAAUUGUGAGGAUCCAUUGAUUCGUUAUUUUGAAAGCCUAUUUGUUUCACAAGUCGAAGAAACAUUCUCAGGUAUAUCCACAACUGACGUAGACAAAAGGAAAGAUCAACACUUUAUAAAGUGGUUGAAGAAUCAGGUUGAUUUUGACGACGAUGCAGAUUAUCCUAAGUGGUUACAUGAAGUAAUUCAAUCUCCACAUGUAAAGGUACAACAAAUUCGAGCCUUUCAUCUUAGCUUCACAAGCAGAUCAAGUUAGCUACCUUCCAUACCCUCGGAUGAGAGAAUCGGGAAUAAAUUGGUUAUCCGUGAUCAAAGUUACACCUCGAGGACGAAUCAUUAGUGGAGAAGAACCACCAUUGCAAGAAGAACAGAUAAAUGAAGUCGAGGAACCUGAACAACAAAUUGAUGACAUUCUUCUCAUUGAUCCGCAUAAUCAUGAGUAUGAAGAUCUUACUGACGAUGGCACAGACGAAGCUGUUGAAGACGAGUUUAAUGAAAAUGAUGAUGUUUCUAGUGAUGACGAAAAUGUAUCCGAUUGAUGUAUUUGUGUUUUAAUAUGAUUGAUUUUCAGACUUAAUGCAUGUGAUUCGAUUAUUUUA